GGUUUCGACUGUAAAGUAUAAUGGGUGGUGGUAGGGUUGCUCAUCCGGUCUUAAAAGGCCCUAGUGUGGUUAAGGAAUUGGUGAUUGGAGCUGUGCUUGGGUUAGCUGCUGGUGGUUUGUGGAAGAUGCACCAUUGGAACGAGCAGAGAAAAACAAGGCAAUUCUAUGACCUGCUGGAGAAGGGUGAGAUCGGUGUUGUUGUUGAAGAAGAAUGAACAUUGUCAUGACGGGGUCUUCAUUAUGUUUGAUUUCUGCUGUUAUAUAAAAUUAGACAUGAUUACGUGCAACUAUCACAAAACAUAAAGUUAUGAAUUGAAAUUGUGUUCAAACUUCAAAGCUUAUCUUUUGUUAAAAAAUCGUUGGCAACAUUGCUUUGUUUGACU